AGGCGCAGUCGCGUGCUCGUCAUCACUGGCACCUUCCACGUUUGAACUCAAUUUUGAAUGAUGUUCAGCUAUAGGUUAAUUUAGUAGUACCUAGACUAGUUCUUCGAUCUUUUUCUUUACCUGAGUUUAUUUUCUUCACCUGCUCAAAAUACCUGGAUAAUUACUCGUAAGUAACCUUGAUCUACUCGGUAAAUCCUGGAUACCUUAUGACUUACAAGCAUCCACCUUCACUGCCGCAAGACUCCCCAGGAUCUUUACCUGUCGUCUCUCACCCAACCAGCAACCAGUUGCGGAAGCACGGGUAUAAACCAAGACCCUGAACUGUCCAGGGGGUGCUGCUCGCCUGAUCCCGGCGGGAUGUGUGUGGUGCUCUACAAGGUUCCACGCUUCGCAGACUGUCGUCACCUGGAAACUCUCCAACUGGUUUUACAACCGCAAUCCUCAUUUUUAACCUUUUCUCAACCUUCAUUUUAUGGACAAUGUUUUCCGUCCCUUUAUAUCGAUUCUUCUUGACUCGUUAGACUAUUACUGGGACUCGGUCAUCUUUGUUUUGCCCUGACUAUUUGACUAUUUUUUUUUUUCUAAUCAUCUUUUUUUUUUCUUCUCUUUUCUUCAACUUGGAUACCCACGUUUAUCUAGGCACCGGCGGGCGUUCGCCCUGACCAAAAGAUGCGCCGGCCCAGGGUACUUCUGGUACUCGGCUUGCUUUGCGAUGCCGUCAUUGCAAAUAUAAGCCCCGAUAGUGGGCUUGAAGCUCAACAUGUUUUGAAAGAUACUCAUGGGAGCGCGCUCGGUGCGCCAGAACAUAGGCCGUUGCAUGGGCGAUUUUUACACAUUACUGACUUCCACCCCGAUACAUUUUAUAAAGUGCACACCUCAACCGAUGAGGAAAUUGCCUGCCACCGUGGAGAGGGCAAUGCAGGCUACUAUGGCGCUGAAAUGUCGGAUUGCGAUACACCCAUCUCGAUGGUGAAUGCAACCUUUGACUGGCUCGACAAGCACUGGAAGGACAAGAUUGACUUUAUUGUCUGGACCGGUGAUAGCGCUCGUCAUGACAGUGACGAGGAGAUACCCCGAAAUGCCAAGCAGGUCCUCGGAACCAACCGUAUGAUUGCCAACAAGUUUACGGACUUGCUUUAUAAUGAGUCUACCAGGGCUCUUUCGAUACCUGUCGUACCGACCUUUGGCAACAACGACAUUCUUCCUCACAACAUCAUGCUACCCGGCCCCAAUCGCUGGCUCCAGGAGUAUAGCAACAUUUGGAAUCACUUCAUUCCCGAGGAGCAGCGCCAUUCUUUCGAACAGGGCGGCUACUUUUCUGUUGAGGUGGUCCCUAAUAAGUUGGCCGUCUUCAGCCUCAACACGCUAUACUUUUUUGACCGAAACGCCGCUGUCGACGACUGCAUCAACCCCUCAGAGCCGGGCUAUAAACAGCUGGAGUGGUUGCGAGUACAAUUGCAAUUCAUGCGCCAGCGUGGAAUGAAGGCUAUCAUCAUUGGUCACGUACCGCCUGCACGCACAGCUAGCAAGAUGCUAUGGGACGAGUCUUGUUGGCAAAAGUACACGCUCUGGAUGCAGCAGUACCGCGAUGUUGUGACUGCCGGCAUUUACGGCCAUAUGAAUAUCGACCAUUUCAUGCUUCAGGACUCCCAGGAAGUCGACAUACACCUGCUCGGCAAUGGUGGGAUCUUGGACGGUGGUCUGCGUGAGAACCUGGACGACGAGCUCACUGUCAUGGGCGCCACAGACUACCUGAAAGAAAUGCGGGACAGGUGGUCCAAGCUGCCUAGAUCGGCCGGCCAGAUAGCUGGCGGGCCAUCAACGUUGGCUCUCAAAAAGAAGAAGAAGAAGAAGCACGAGAACCUCGGAGGCCCUUGGGGUGAGCGGUUCUCGGCAACGAUGGUUGGUGGGAGCAUAGUGCCAAACUUUUACCCCAGCUUCCGAAUCUACGAGUACAACACAAGCGGCCUGGAAGGUGCAGCUAUCUGGACCGGUUCUGCAGUGGAUCGAACAGCUUCAGCCGCCGAGAUAGUAGACAUUACUGAUCGGGAGGCUAUGGAGCAUGUUCUGGCUGAGAUGGAGAAGAAGAAAAAGAAAAAGGGCCGAAAGGAUAAGCCGAAACCCAAGGAUCCCAAUUUGAUCAAACCCGAACCGCCGGCUAAGACGGCACCCCCGGGUCCUGCAUACUCACCACAACCUUUCACUUUACUUCGGUAUGAGCAGUGGUUUGCCAACUUGACUCGUAUCAACAACGACCAGGUCGAUGACGAGUCCGACGUUGACGCUGCCAAGUGGCGAAGUGGGAAACCUGGGAACAAACCGGCUAAAAAGCCCCCGGGAGAGUUCAAGUUUGAGGUGGAGUACAACACGUCAACAGACAAAGUCCUUAAGAUCACCGACCUCACAGUUCCAAGCUUCCUCAAGUUGGCAUAUCGUAUGGGGAAGAGAGAACAAAAGGGCAAAUCCCUCGACGUUGAGGCUGAUACACACCUGUCUAGUCUUGAGGACUAUGAGGACUCUGAUUCGGACUGGUAUGUUGUUUUGGACGAGGAAGGCACCGACUACGGCAACGAGACAGUCGUUGGGCCAACUAUGAAGAAGAACAAGAACAACAAUAACAACAAGAAGAAGCACAAGAAGCACAACAAAGUAUGGCUUCGCUUUCUGAAGCAUGCGUUCAUUAGUACUGUUGAUAAGCGGGAGCUCGAGAAGCUUGACCGCUAGACGGUGAAGAAGCCUGAGGACACCUGCCUGCUGGAUAGCAGGAUUACUUUCUUUUUCCCUCUGCCGGUGACCGAGUAUUUCGGGCUCGGAUCCCAACUGUUUCUUGUACAUUUCUUUUCUCGCUCUUUUUGGAAUAAUAAUGAUGAGGCAUGGAGUUUAGGAGCAUAUUUGGGUUUAUUCGGAUGGGGUUUUGCCUUCAGCCUGGUGUGUAUAGCAGGCUUAUCUUGGUAUCGGUCAUUUCAAUUCCCGUCGUCUCCUUAUGAAUUCUAAUUGUCGGAUAUGUGCGAACACGUAAAUAAAAGUGGGCAUUGUAUACAAAAAGAACUUGGUCGCUGGGACGGUAUUCUGGUAUUUUGUUUUCCAAUACUACUAAGCGGGCGGCUUUUGGCUUGAUCAUUAAAGCUAGAGAACUUAGAAACAUGGAUGAAAUGUUUGUGAGCCAUCAACUCUUAUUCAUACCAGACUCCAACGCCAAUCUGAAAUCUUGUGUCAACGGCCAGUGCUUGUUCAACGGUGGACCUCGAAGCCAGUCUCACCCUGAACCACAUCACGAUCUUCUUUGUCGAGCUUAACGACGUGUGCACCUUUGGGUCCCUUGUCGACUUCCUUGAGGAACGCAUCCAGUGUUUUUUCGUCCCCUUGGGCUUCACCCUCGACCUUGUUGUUUGGGAUAUUCUUUACCCAUCCGGUGAUGCCUUGCUCAUUUGCUCGUUUCUGUGUGAAGAAGCUUCAUCCUAACCUACCCUGGACUGCCCCGCCAUGGGCAACAAAACUUACUCUCUUCAUCUUGAUCAAGUCGAUGUGAAAAACAGGUCUAUUAGAGUCCGGCGUAUAGAUUAUCAGUUGAGAUUAUCUGCAAGGAAUGGUGACUUUGGUAGCAGAUUAGUU